GGAGCGGGCGCAGCUCAGAGAUCACUAGUGCGCCGUGACUGUAUUCGACACCACGUACUGGACCAACAUGAAGUGUGCUAUAGUCCUCCUUCUGUGUCUAGCGGCCUGCCAAGCCGAUGACCUAGCCUCCGCCGCCGGUCAAAUCUUCAACAAUAUCCUUCCCAAUCUCAUCAAAAACCAGGCGACUUCUAGUGACGGAAACAGCGCCCAAAACACUCUCCAACAAAUCGGUACUGUAGUCGGCGGUGUAGUGGAUUAUGCCAAGACAAAGAGCUAUGAAGACCUUCUCAAAACAGUGCAGGACUCCACGACGGACGAAGAUUUGCUGCGAGUCAGUGAAGAGAUGUUCAACGCUGAUAUUAAUAAUGCAUUCAACUACAUCCAAGUGAACCUGCAGGGCCAAACCAGCCCCAUGUCUAAGGACGAUAAGGCUCCUGCUAACCUCCUAGCUGUUAGCGAUAACGUUUGGAACGGACCAACUAUCAAACCAUUCGUGGCUCUUUUCGACAACUACCACAAGAAUGUCAUUAGGCCAGAGUUCGUCACCCCUAAUGAAGAGUCCGAGCAAACUACUUACAUCAACACUAUUUUAGCGACCGGACCUAUUAGGAGUCUUAUGUCCUUCCUAGUAAGCAAAGGCUUGACUCAGCUGAAUGAAUACCAGGAACAAGUAAACCUGUUGAAGAAGAUUUGGUUCACCAAGUACGCGCGCCACUGGACCGGUCUGUGCAAGUGCAGUUGUGCCUUCGAGAACAUCUUCAUGGCUGAACUCAAGUCCAAUGAUGUGUUAGGUCUGCAUAGUUGGCUGUUCUUCGCUAAGCGAGAACAAGACCACAAAGCCAACUACCUGGGCUACGUCUCCAAACUUGACUUGGCUGGAAAAGGACUAAUUCUGAAGCAGCACUCCAUCCUCAGUGAAACGAAGGAUGCUCCCGAAGUGACCAUGUUCGUGGGAACCUCCCCCGAGCUCGAGACGGCCCUGUAUACCCUCUGCUUCAUGGCUCGCCCUGACGGACAGUGCAGGCUGCGUUACAACAACGUGCCGUUCACCAUUCAGACCAAGACUCUCAAGUCGGAGAACGUCAAGCUUAUAGACACCGCGUACCCAGUGUUCUAAGUGAUCGUAUUUAUUCAGAUACUCUUAAGGUCGCAUUAAGGUUGACUCACGCUAGACCGGGGCGUCCGACAUGUUAUUUUCUAUGACGGCUGGUCUGUGAUCACGUGGUGCUCUCCAUGGAAGCUCCGGCCCGGCAACCGCCCGGUCUAACGUGAGUCAUCCUUUACACUAAAUUGAAGAAAUAUACCCAUGUGAAAUGACAAAAACCUACAAACGUCUAUAGUUCAUACUCGUAAGAUGGUCAAAAGCAAGAUAAGGCAUAAGAAUGAACUAUAGCUAAGCUUAGCAAAUAGGAUAUUGUGUACAUGACAAUAAUACUCUUAAAUAAAUAUUUAAAACUAUUUACCUAGAACUGUUUACAAAUAUAAUUUAUGGACGUUUUAAA